AUGUCUGCUACAAGACCUGAAUUAAAGUUCGCAGCAGUUUCAGAAGAACAUGGGUUCUAUCGAAGGUUUGUAUCUUUACCAGAGAAGCCUGAUACCACACUUAGAAUAGUCGACCGAGGUGAAUACUAUACUGUUGUAGGUUCUGAUGCUAUAUUUGUUGCUGAAAAUGUUUACCAUACCCAGUCCGUUUUAAAGAAUUGUAAUGUUGAUCCUUCCGUUGCCAAAAGAUUUAAUCAACCUUUACAAUAUGUAACCAUGUCUCCACAGGUAGUUAGUUCUUUAUUAAAGACAUGUCUAGUUGAUUUGGCUUAUAAAGUUGAAAUAUAUGAUAAAUCCUGGAAAAUGUUGAAAACUGCAUCUCCUGGUAAUAUUGAACAAGUGAGCGAUUUAAUGAAUAUUAACGUUGAUACUUCCAUCGUCAUUGCAGCAAUAAAACCCCAAUUAAACUCACAAGAUGGGAAUUGUUUGUUGGGUGUAACAUUCAUAGAUACCAGUAAUUACAAAAUUGGUAUGUUAGACAUUGUAGAUAAUGAAGUAUAUUCAAAUUUGGAAAGUUUCUUAAUUCAACUGGGUGUCAGAGAAUGUCUACUUCCAGAUUUAACGAAGUCUGAAGGUAAUAUGAACGAAAUAAAGAAAAUUACUGGUGUUAUCGAUCGUUGUGGGUGUGUUGCGACUUUCGUUAGGAACUCUGAUUUUUCUGAUAAAGAUAGUGAAUCAGAUUUAGCAAAGUUAAUCGGUGAUGAAUUAUCUAUUUCUUUACCUCAAAAAUUCUCAAAAUUUGCAUUAUCAUCAUUUAAUGCAUUGGUACAUUACUUAGAAUUAUUACAAGAGCAAGAUCAAUUAGGCAAAUACGAAUUAAUUCAACAUUCUUUAAAGGAACUAAUGAAGUUAGACGCUUCUGCAAUGAAGGCUUUAAAUUUAUUUCCAGCUACAUCUUCACAAUCAAUUGUUCCAUUAUUAACAGCUGGGUACAGUAACAGCAAUAGCUCUAAGGUAACCUCAUUAUUCCAGCUCCUGAACCACUGUAAAACUAAUGCUGGUGUAAGAUUACUGAAUGAAUGGAUUAAACAACCAUUGACAAGUUUAGCUGAGAUCACCAAGAGGCAUGAUUUAGUUGAAUACUUAAUUGAUCAGCUUGAAUUAAGACAAAUAUUACAAACCGAUUUCCUCCCAGUUGUACCAGAUAUUAGAAGAAUAACUAAAAAAUUAAACAAGAAUGGUAAUUUAGAAGAUAUUUUGAAACUUUACCAAUUCUGUAUCAAAAUACCUGAAAUUAGCAAAACUCUGGAAUCAUUCUUGGAAGAUUCUCAAACAGAUGAAAAUAUAAAAACAUUAGUUAAGGAAUCAUGGUUGGAUCCUAUGUUAUCCUAUACCUCUCCUUUGUCUAAACUCCAAGAAAUGGUAGAAACUACUGUUGAUUUAGAUGCUUAUGAGGAACAUAAUGAAUUUAUGAUUAAAGUUGAAUUUAAUGAAGAAUUAGCAAAAAUAAGACAAGAAUUAGACAUGAUGAGGGACCAGAUUCAUACCGCUCAUAUCCAAGCAUCUGAAGAUUUAGGAUUUGAUCCUGAUAAAAAAUUAAAACUUGAAAACCAUCACUUGCAUGGCUGGUGUAUGAGAUUAACACGUAAUGAUGGUAAAGAAUUGCGUAAACAUGAGAAGUACAUAGAACUUUCCACGGUAAAAGCGGGUAUCUACUUUAGUACCUCAGAGCUAAGAGAAGUUGCCAGAGAGACAUCUUUGCUACAGAAAGAAUAUGACAGACAACAAUCUGCUUUAGUCAAAGAAAUUGUUAAUAUCACAUUGACAUACACACCUGUUUUGGAAAAAAUUUCGAUUAUUUUGGCUAACUUGGAUGUAAUUUGUUCAUUUGCCCAUGCCUCAAGUUAUGCUGUGAUUCCAUAUAUUCGUCCAAAGAUGUAUGAUAUAGGUUCAGAAAGGAAGACUAGAUUAAUAUCUUCCCGUCACCCAGUGUUAGAAAUGCAAGACGAUUUAACCUUUAUUGCAAAUGAUGUUAAUUUAGAAAAGGGAACAUCCGACUUUUUAAUCAUUACAGGUCCUAAUAUGGGUGGUAAGUCCACAUAUAUUAGACAAGUUGGUGUUAUCACCUUAAUGGCACAGAUCGGAUGUUUUGUUCCUUGCGAUGAAGCUGACAUUGCUAUAGUAGAUGCAAUCUUAUGUAGAGUUGGUGCUGGUGAUUCUCAAUUGAAAGGUGUUUCCACAUUUAUGGUUGAAAUGUUAGAAACUGCAUCAAUAUUGAAGAAUGCCAGUACCAAUUCCUUGAUCAUUAUUGAUGAAUUAGGUCGUGGUACAAGUACAUAUGAUGGGUUUGGUUUAGCUUGGGCUAUUUCUGAAUUUAUUGCCAGUCAAAUAAAAUGUUUUGCCCUAUUCGCUACACAUUUCCAUGAAUUAACGUCAUUAUCAGAUAAACUAUCAAAUGUGAAGAAUAUGCAAGUUGUUGCUCAUAUAGAACAAAAUGCAGAUAGCAAUCAGGAUAAGGAUGAUAUUACUUUGUUGUACAAGGUGGAACCGGGCGUCUCAGAUCAAUCCUUUGGUAUACAUGUGGCAGAAGUUGUUCAAUUUCCAGACAAAAUUGUCAAAAUGGCCAAGAGGAAAGUAGAAGAGUUAGAAGAUUUAAAAGAUGCAAAUGAAAAGUUAAAGAAAACCAGGUUAUCACCAAAAGAAAUAAAUGAAGGAAAUAACGAAUUAAAGAAGAUAUUAAAAGAAUGGUCUGAGAAAAUUAAACUGGAAGGUAUUGAGAUUACAAAGUUAACUGAUCAAGAUUGCCAACAAAGGAUUACCGAACUAUUGAAAAAUGUUACCCAAGAAUCAGAAAAAAACCAUGGGGAAUAUUUAACUUUCAUUAAGGAGAUGCUUCUAUAA